AUGCCCCCCUCCAGCUUGGACAGCAGAACGCUGAAAACGUCCUCCUCGGCGUCCAAGGAGGAGCUGGUGCUCCCGGAACUGAAGGAGAAGAGCGUGGAGGUGGCCCGCUCCAGACCCUUCCCUCCCCCACUUCAGAAUGACUGCAUCCCGGGGGAGAUUCUCCAGUCUCUCACCGCCGCCACCAACGCGGGGCCCUGUCCCGAGUACCUGCUGCCGUCCAAGAAGCUGAAACCACCCCAGGGUAUCCUGGCCCGGAAGGCAGAUGCGGUCUGGCAACAUCCCCUGAGAAGGACUAAACUCAAGUACUUGCUUGACCAACCCAUUUCUCUCAGUGGUGCUGGAAGGGAUAUUUCUUUUCUGUACGAUGUGAAGUACGUGAAGGGGGAAGCCAGGGAGAAAACCCUGUGCCCGCCUCAGUCCCAGCACUCGCUGCAGCUGUCCGGGGGCGCCAUGGUGCCCCACAAGCCCAGGAGGCUGACGGACACUCUGGUCCCUGAAGAAUUCCACAUCGUGUCCAGCACCGGCGUCUCGGGGCUGGAGUGUUACGAUGACAAAUACACCACGCUGCUCACUGACAGUGAAAACCGGCUCCUGCUUUUUCCAUCCAUGAAGCCCAAUAAAAGGAUCGAGGUGGCUCAGCUGAAGAGCGUGAUGGAGACGUUACUGGAGCGGGCGGGCAUCGAGGAACAGGAGUACAAGGCGCCCACCAAGAUGCACAGCCUACUCCAUCUGCUUCGGAAGGAGCAAACGGUUUACAACACCGUGUUCCACGAGCUCAUCCGGCAGGUCAGCGUGGACUGUGCUGACCGCGGAGAGCUGCUGGCCAAGAUCAGAGAGCGCUACGUCCAGAUGCUGGACCAGGUGGCCCGGCAGAUGGUGGACUUCUACAAGGACCUGGUCAGCCAGCGCAUGAUGGACCAGCGCAUCUUAGAGGAACUGCACAACUUCAAGAACGUCAUUGAGGAGCUGACCAGGGAGCUGUGUCUGGUUCAGGAACAGGACAUAAAGUUGACCCUGGAAGCCCACCGGGCCCACAAGGACUUGGCCACGGCCCUUCUGGAAGCCGAGAAGAACGCCAGAAUCGUCGAAGACUACCACGAACUGUACUCAAUGCAGAGACAGAGGCUGGAGAACUGCAUCAAAGACCUGAUGUCGGAGAGGGACACGUGGAGCAUGGCCGCCUACGACUUGGCCCUCAAGUUAAUUUCAAGAAAUCACAUCGUAUUGGCUAAGACGCUCUACCUGCAUGAGAAAAGCUGGCACCAGCAUGCGAAACACUUCAUCAUCCUCUUGUGCAGCCAGGACACCUCGGACCUCGCGCUGCUGCAGAAGCUGACCGGGAGCUGGCGGACCUCGGCCCGGAAGUUCAAGCAGGAGAUAGAGCAGGAGGAGGAAGGCACCAAGCACAGGAUGGAGGACAUGCGGGCCAGCCUGGAGCGCUGGCGGGACACGCUCCAUCUAAACGAAGGUUUGGUCCCCGACAAGCAAGACUUCCUCCUGUCAAUCACGGAGGACUUCAAGACAUGGCAGAAGGUGCUAUUCGACUUGAAAAACAGCCUCUCGGGGGAGUCACUGGCCUCCAAGUACGACUCGCUGAGGAUCAUCCGGCACGUGGAGGACAACUGGGUGGACGUGAGCUGCAAGAUUCUGUUCCGCCACAAAGACCUGAACGGGAAGAUGCCCCCGGAGCACAGCCACAUGCAGGAGAUCCUCAGGCUCACGGAUCGCUUCCACAGCGAGCUGGAGCUCAGGAUAACCGGGAACAACGGUGAACACCGACUGGAGACCUUCUUCACAGUCCUUGGGAGUGUUCCCGAGGUUUCCGGCCAAUUUUCUGGAACGAUACUUCAGAUCUUCAUCUUCAACACGAUCCAACAGUGGCUCUUGAAGAUGGACACCGAGAUCAAAAACGGCAGCAGUGAACUCCAGCACAGAACCGAGGAACUGCAUCUGAGUAUGAUUCGGUGGAUGAUCAACCUGCUCAUCGUGAUGGUGCCUGACACUGUCGACCAGGACACGGUGCCUGGGACCAAGGAGGGCCCUGAGAAGUGCAGCAUGGGCCUGGCCAAGCUAGAGCUGGAGGCCAUGGAGCUCACCAAACGGCUGUACCGGUUCUGCACCUACCUGACCAGCUGCUGCAAAGGCCUGGUGUCGGCUCUUUCUACCAAGGACUCCAGCAUACACCACGCCAAGGACCUGGGCCAGCUGACCCUGAUGAAGAGAGAAUGCUACGAGUGGAUUGAGUGCUGUGCCUCCUUGCUGUCCGCGCUCAGGAGCUCCCGCGUGAAACUGCUGAAGUCCACGGAGAAGGUGGUCCUGCUGGAGGAAGAGAGUAUGGACCAAGAAUUCAUUGAGCCUCAAAUAUACAAGCCUGUUAUACACUUAGACUUUGAGGAAGAGGAAGAGGAGGAGGAGAAAAGGGUGGCGGAGGAAGAGAAGGAAGAGGAGGAGGAGGAACCAUCCACGUCUGCCCAGAAGGGACCGGUCAUUCGAUUCGUGGGCAGAGACGACAAUGUCCAUGUGAAACCUCUGUUCGAAGAGAAUGUGUUUACGACCUGGAAAGACUCGGCUCAGCAUGGGACCCUGGCCCAGAAGUACCUCGAAGCCAUGCACAUCAUCGAACGUGCGCAGGAGAAACUCAUGCAGGUGGAAACCCGGGCCAAGCAGGCCGAGGAGAAUUUCGAGGAGGUGAACCAGAAGCUUCACUGCACCCUCAUGAAGAACCAGGAGCUGGAGCGGGAACUGCAGGUCCACGCCAGGUUGGCGCUGGAGAAGCUGCCGGAGCUGGAGGGAGACGAGGACCCGGUCAAGAAACCCGAGAAGCGCUGA